AUGGGGACCUGGGAAAGCUGGGAGAGAAUCUUCUUCUCGAAGAAUGUCGAUAUGGCGAAACAACGCGUCAACGAAGCGUUGUUUGAGAGACUUGAUGUUAAUCUCGUCGGCGAGCGAACGGGUUUCAGCGCGCUGAUGCUGGCAGUUGCCUUCAAGCAUGACGACCGGUUGGAAAUCGUGAAACGGUUGUUAGCUCGCGGUGCCAAAGUCAACGCCCAAUGUUCCGAUAAGAAUGUUUCUGCACUCCAUGUUGCUGCUCAGAAAGGCGCGCUAGAUUGUGUGACGCUCUUGCUGAAGCACGAAGCGGACCCGACUUUGGUUGAUUCUGAAGGGCAAACACCAGGCGAAGUCGCGUACUCCGAGUUGAUAGACGAGCGCAACCGGGUGCGGCAGGAGAUCAAGGAGCAAUGCUACUGCAGGCUGAAGCACGCGCGCGAAGAUUGGAUGCAGCGAAAACUAAAGCAGAGCGGCGCCACUCCUGAGUUUCGACGAAAUGUCUUGCAGUCUGUUUAUCGAGGUUCUCCGCCAGCAAAAGCCUCUAAGAAAAGAAACCCAUCGCCAGAAAUCUCGUCGACAGAAGCGAUCCAUGGUUCUGCGGAUGAGGGCCAGAAGAGAACGCCGAUUCGAAAGACUAACAAGGAUUCCCCAAAACAAACUACCCGACAACGAGUUGCAUCAGGAAACAGGAAAAGUCCUUACUUGCGGGGCUCGGCAACGGGUCGCCAGUCCCCUCAUCAGCUGUACAUUAACCGUCCGGGCUUGGGCAAGUUGGAGAUUAUAAACACCCCCCGAAAAGUCGUCCUGGAAGACAAUCUCUUUCCCUCUCCUAGAUUGAGCUCAAGGAGCCGCAAUCCAUCUUCAAGACAGCGACACCAAUCAGAUGCUCCCGAUCCAUUCUCACCUCGAGUUACGCCAAAACCAUCGGCGCAUACAACUUGCGUUGUACGUGAGGGCGGAAUGUAG